AUGGGCCAGACGGAGCCCACAGCUGUUCUUAGCCUCGCAGCCACCAAGGCAAAAAGUCAGUUUCCGUCACUGUCCCGCCCUGAGUCCCGGUGUUGCAGACGAUUUGGGCACAGACGCGACCUGAAAAAUAACGCGGGCCGCAGGCAAAAGGCUAACCAGAGCCGGACUGCAAAAGGAACCCGGAAAGGGGCUGAGCGCGGGUGGGCGGGGCCGCGCGGUGACUGGCAGGGGUGGGGCCAGGCUGGCCGCGCCCCUCGUCGCCGGCUGCUGGGCUUCGGCCGGGGUCGGCUAGGCUCUGGCCGCGGGAACCGAGCAGCGCUCCGGCUCGGGGACGGACAGUCCACAAAGUUUGGUCCGCGGAGAACGCAACGUCGAGCCCGGCAGGUGCGGCCGGGCCUGGCCGUGGCGCUCGCGGCCUUGCGGGCGAGCACGGCCGGGCACCGGCGAGGAGCGACCAACUCUGAAGUUGGCAAGAGGCCGCCCCGCGGAGCUCCCUGCCAGGUAGACGAGCGGCGCCGCAGGACCCUGCGGGCACCCCUGCUCGGCUCAGGAUGCUGCCGGCCCUCCCCCUUCUCCUCCUCCUCCUCGGUAAGAGUCCCAGCCCCGGUCUCAGUGCCCGCCGUCCCGCGCCCUCCAGGGCGAGCCCCGCUGCUGCGAACGCCGCCCCGUCGAGCCUUGGCCCCUCUCGGCUCUUCCCACUUCGUCUGUCCCACCCACAGCCAAGGAAGGCGACCUUUCAGCGAGCUCACUCGCUGCCCUUUCUCGAUCCCCCCUCUAGGAGGUGCUCUGGCCCGUCCAGAUCGGGUCACUUUCCCAAAUCCUGCUUGUGAGAGCCCCCCAGCAGUGCUCUUGGAAGUACAGGGCAUUGUACAGCGGCCUUUGGGCAGGGACAGCCGAAGCUCGCCUGCGAACUGCACCUGGGUUAUCCUGGGCAGCAAGGAACAGACAGUGACUGUCAGGUUUCAGAAGCUGCACUUGGCAUGUGGCUCAGAGCACUUACUCCUGCGCUCCCCUCUCCAGCCGCCAGUCUCCCUGUGUGAGGCUCCUGCCAGCCCUUUGCAGCUUCCAGGGGGCAAUGUCACCAUCACAUAUAGCUAUGCUGGGGCCAGAGCACCCAUGGGCCAGGGCUUCUUGCUGUCUUACAGUCAAGAUUGGCUCCUGUGCCUGCAGGAAGAGUUCCAGUGCUUGAACCACCGUUGUAUACCAGCCGCUCAGCGCUGCGAUGGGAUUGAUGCCUGUGGCGAUGGCUCUGAUGAGGCAGGUUGCAGCUCAGAUCCAUUCCCUAACCUGAACCCAGCCCCUGCCCCAACCCCACCCUGCAAUCUCACCUUGGAGGACUUUUAUGGGGUCUUCUCCUCCCCUGGAUAUUCACACCUGGCCUCAGUGUCCCACCCCCAGUCCUGCCUGUGGCUGCUGGACCCCCAUGAUGGCAGGAGGCUGGCAGUGCGCUUCACCGCCCUGGACUUGGGUUAUGGAGAUGCAGUGCAUGUAUAUGAUGGUGCUGGGCCCCCUGAGACCCCUCGACUGCUGCGUAGUCUCACCCACUUCAGCAACGGCAAGCCUGUCACCGUGGAGACCCUGUCUGGUCAGGCUGUUGUGUCCUACCACACAGUUGCUUGGAGCAGUGGCCGAGGCUUCAAUGCUACCUACCAUGUCCGGGGAUACUGUUUACCAUGGGACAGACCCUGUGGCUUGGGUUCAGGCCUGGGGGCUGGUGAAAAUCUAGGUGAGCGCUGCUAUAGCGAGGCGCAGCGCUGCGAUGGCUCGUGGGACUGUGCCGAUGGCACAGAUGAGGAGGGUUGCCCCGGCUGCCCACCCGGCCACUUCCCCUGUGGAGCUGCUGGCACCCCUGGUGCCACAGCCUGCUACCUGCCUGCCGACCGCUGCAACUACCAGACAUUCUGUGCUGAUGGAGCAGAUGAAAGGCGCUGCCGGCAUUGCCAGCCGGGCAACUUCCGAUGCCGGGAUGAGAAGUGUGUGUAUGAGACGUGGGUGUGUGAUGGACAGCCGGACUGUACUGAUGGCAGUGAUGAGUGGGGCUGCUCCUACGCCCUGCCCCGAAAGGUCAUCACAGCGGCAGUCAUUGGCAGCCUAGUGUGUGGCCUGCUGCUGGUCAUUGCUCUGGGCUGCACCUGCAAACUCUAUGCCAUUCGCACCCAGGAGUACAGCAUCUUUGCCCCUCUCUCCCGGAUGGAGGCUGAGAUUGUGCAGCAGCAGGCACCUCCUUCUUAUGGUCAGCUUAUUGCCCAGGGUGCCAUCCCACCUGUAGAAGACUUCCCUACAGAGAACCCUAACGACAACUCUGUGCUGGGGAACCUGCGAUCUCUGCUCCAGAUCUUGCGCCAAGAUAUCACUCCAGGAGGUCCUGCAGGGGGCCGCCGUCGCCAACGGGGCCGCUCAGUGCGACGUCUUGUUCGCCGUCUCCGUCGUUGGGGUCUGCUUCCUCGAACCAAUACCCCAGCUCGGGCCCCUGAGACCAGAUCUCAGGUCACAGCAUCUGUUGCUCCCUCCGAGGCCCUGGAUGACAGCACAGGCCAAACCUGUGAGGGCGGGGCAGUAGGAGGACAAGAUGGGGAGCAGGCUCCUCCACUACCUGUCAAGCCACCAAUCCCAACCCCAAGCACACUUCCAGCCCUUGCUACUGUCUCUGAGCCCCCAGGGCCUCUCCCCUCGGUGUCCCUAGAGCCCUCACUGUUGUCUGGAGUUGUACAGGUCCUCCGAGGCCGCCUCCUACCUAGCCUGUGGCCCCCAGGACCCACUUGGACCCCAGCUGGACCUCACACAACAGUCCUGGCCCCAGAGGAUGAGGAUGAUGUAUUGUUAAUGCCACUGGCUGAGCCAGAGGUCUGGGUAGUUGAGGCAGAGGAUGAGCCCCUGCUCUCCUGAGGGAACCCAGCCACCUUGGGGCUCUAGACACAAUGCUAUGAUCCUUUGGAAGUGGUGUGGCUUCUCCACUGCUCUCUCUGUCUGGUACAGAAAGUUAGGUGUCCUUCAGGCAAGGAGAGAGUUCCCUGAGAGCCGCUUCUGUGUAUGACUAGAGACUCGACCGCCACCCUCUGCCCAUCCUGCUGUCCAGGUGGCUGUGUUAAGAAAAGUUCCCAAAGGAUCAUGGGCUUGGACACUCCAUCCUUCCCCACCCAAAAGUGGCCUUAAAUAUCAGACUGUAGUUGCCUAGAGAUCUUCUAGCCCCCCAAGGGGAGGAUUUGGCCAGGGUGAUGAUUUUGCCAGCCUGUCUCUGUGAUGCCUGGCCCACAUAGAGAACACAAGUGCUUUUGUUCCCUAGUUGCAUCAUUGCCUAGGAAAUCAAGGAAAAAUAAAAAUAAAAAAUCAUAAGUUUCA